UGUCGACAUCAUAGUCGACAUCGACAUCAAUCUAACAUGGCGAUUUCCAUGCGCGUUUUGUCAGUGGCCAUGACUUCGUAAUGAAACUUGGUUUGAUUCUGCAGAAGCCUGUUGUUUUCGUUUUGUCGGCGUAGAUAUACGAACACCAGAUUGUACGGAGAUACGUAAAUGGCAAAAUAUUUGGCACAAGUCAUUGUUGUCGGAGCCCAGGUCGUCGCAAGAGCAUUUGCUCGUGCCUUGCAGCAGGAAUACGCGGCAAGCCAAGCUGCUGCGAGAAAUGCUAGCGCUGGGAGAGGCGACACUACCCAGAGGGCUGCCGCAAGUGCCAAGCUAGGCAUGAGCCUACAGGAAGCAAUGCAGAUUUUGAAUGUCGACAAACUUGACCCUGAGCUAGUGGAGAAGAGCUACAAGCAUUUGUUUGAAGUAAAUGACAAGUCCAAAGGUGGCUCAUUUUACAUUCAAUCAAAAGGUCUCUUAAGAAGACAAGUGCAACAAAAUAUCACUUUCGCUAAAUUGGUUAUAAAUGAGUAGUACUAUACAGUAUUAAAUCGACCUUGGCAAAACUGCAGAGAUAGUAAUUGUCUGCAUUUCUUAUUAACAGCCUUUAAAUAGCUUCUAAGCAGACAACGCAUGCAAAUGCUGGUUAGCGAAUGUUUCAUGAAUAACAACACAUCACCUUUGAGAUGUUUCAUUACAUUGUGGAUAGCUGCAGAUGCUGUCUAAUCUCAGAGGUCAUGUCAAAGGGCCAUGCUGGUGCACAAUAUUCUGGGCUGUGCGUCACUUCCAGCAAGUGGCAACAGUGGCGAUUUUUGUUCUUGCAGUUUCGCCAUUUAAAAUGUCUACUUUUAUUAGCUUUUCAUGAAGCAUCCUCUCAUACUUCAAAUGUAAAAUUUUGUAGAGACGCUGCUCUAUGUUGACACCACCUGAAAUUAGGCUUUUUACAUCAUUCAAAAUUUCUUUGCAGUUCUCCUUUAAGACAAGGGCACAAAAAAAAAAAAGAAGCACAGGACACUCUCUGAAUGUGUCGGCAUGUGCUCUACGAGUUUUUGCUUUGGUGUCCUUAUUUUAAGUGCUUCUACUGGCAAUAAUGCAUUGUUACCGACUAAUAACCUUGUUUGUCACUUACUGCUUUUAUGGAACUCUGCCCAAUUCCUAAAGCCCUUUGCGAUGGAAAUGUGAAGUUUUGUACAAGAAUGUCAUGUUUUAUCUUAAUGUAUUUUAGCAAGCCAGUGCACAUGCACGCACACAGACAUAAAUGACAAUAAUAUGGUCAAAAUAAAACUUGGACGGUGCAAAUAUUGACAAAGAAAAUUCUUCGUCAAUAUUGGCGUUGUCCAUUUUUUUUUCUUUGUUUUUAGCUGUCGUUUGGUACAGUGCAAUUUUAACAUAUCUAAACCUGCAAUCCUUCAAUUUCAGAGAUAUUUCAUUUAAGCACCAUGGUAGUCAUCAUAUCCAGAGAGUAAAGAGAUUCUUCUGAAGGGUUUUGUCACACGAAAAAGAAUUGUGCCUAGACUUAACACACCAAAGCAUUUAGGAAGCAUGAGGUUUACUUAAGCUGCUAGAAAGUUGCACUAGCGGCUAGUGCUAGUCAUUUUUGUAUCUUGGCCUGCCUUAACAC